UCUCUGCCAGCUGUACCAUCUCGAGAGACACAGUUAUUUGGAAUUUAGAGAGGUGGAAACCCAGGCUCUGGAAAGCAGACAAGUUGCCCGAACUCUCCCAGGGAGAGAAGGCAUUCACAGGUGCCUGAUGCUCAGCCAUCUGCUGAUUGAUGACUUUCUACCAGAACAGUGAACUUGAGGGGUCUGACUAGAAAAUGUGGAUUUACUGUUUCCUGUUGGUGGGCUCGAAGUCUGUGAAUGGGACUUGUGGGAGAUGCUGGAGCCGGUGACCCGUCGCAUGCACUUGCUAGGUGGCCUGUGGGGUGCGCCGCCCCCCAGCGGGGUCCUGGCCAGGGAUCUCGAGGUCUUUGGCGCUAGCCCUUCAGAAUCUGAAACCAGAGGGGUGGUGCCGCGCCGGGCCAGCCCCCAGCUCUCCCGCCUUAACCGGCGCCGCCACUUAGCGAAGCCAAACCAGAGGGAGGCUGCAGGCUACGGGGAGCCUCGCCCGCCUGCCCGCAUGGAGGCCCUCGCGCCCGCGCCCGCACCCCCGCGCCCCGCGCCACGCUGCCCGCCGCUGGCCGAGCUCCGGGAAGAGCUGCGGGAGCUCCUGACGCUGGCGGUCCCAGCGUUCCUGGCCCAGUUGAUGGUGUUUCUGAUCAGCUUCAUAAGCUCGGUGUUCUGCGGCCACCUGGGGAAGCUGGAGCUGGAUGCUGUCACUCUAGCCAUUGCAGUGAUCAAUGUCACUGGUGUCUCUGUGGGGUUUGGCUUGUCCUCUGCUUGUGAUACCCUCAUCUCCCAGACCUAUGGGAGCAGGAACUUGAAGCACGUGGGCGUGAUCCUGCAGCGCGGAGUCCUCGUGCUGCUGCUUUGCUGUUUCCCCUGCUGGGCACUUUUCCUCAACACCCAGCACAUCCUGCUGCUCUUUGGACAGGACCCGGAUGUGUCUAGGCUCACCCAGACCUAUGUCACCAUCUUCAUUCCAGCUCUUCCGGCAACCUUCCUGUACACACUACAAGUCAAAUAUUUGCUCAACCAGGGAAUCAUACUACCCCAGAUUGUAACUGGCAUUGCAGCCAAUUUCAUCAAUGCCCUCACCAACUACUUGCUUCUCCACCAGCUGCAUCUUGGGGUGAUGGGCUCUGCACUGGCAAACACAGUCUCCCAGUUCUUCCUGGCCCUGCUCCUCUUUCUCUACAUCAUCUGGAGGAAGCUGCAUCAAGCCACCUGGGGUGGUGUCUGUGUGCUCACUGCAGGCUGGACCCUCGAGUGCCUACAGGACUGGGCAUCCUUCCUCCAACUAGCCAUUCCCAGCAUGCUCAUGCUAUGCAUUGAGUGGUGGGCCUAUGAGAUCGGCAGCUUCCUCAGUGGAAUCCUUGGCAUGGUGGAACUGGGUGCCCAGUCUGCCGUGUAUGAGCUGGCUGUCAUCAUGUACAUGAUCCCAACUGGCUUCAGCGUGGCUGCCAGUGUCCGGGUGGGCAAUGCACUGGGUGCUGGCAACACAGAGCAGGCCAGGAGGUCCUCGACUGUUGCGCUGCUAGUCACAGAGGUCUUCGCUGUCACCUUAUGUGUCCUGAUGCUGAGCUGUAAGGAGCUGGUGGGCUACAUUUUUACCACUGACCGAGAAAUCAUUGAUCUGGUGGCUCAAGUGGUUCCCAUUUAUGCUGUUUCUCACCUCUUUGAAGGCCUCGCUUGCACAAGUGGUGGCAUCCUUCGGGGCAGCGGGAAUCAGAAGGUGGGUGCCAUCGUGAACGCCAUCGGGUACUACGUCAUUGGCCUCCCCAUUGGGAUCACGCUGAUGUUUGCAGCUGGGCUGGGAGUGAUAGGGCUGUGGGCAGGAAUCAUCAUUUGUACCAUCUCUCAGGCAGUGUGUUUCUUAGGCUUUAUUACUCAACUGAACUGGAAAAAAGCCUGCGAACAGGCUCAAGUCCAUGCCAACUUGAAAGUAAGCCCAGCUCAGGAUGGGACUGCCUUUCUCGCUCAGGAUCUACUCUGCCCAGAUGCCACACAGCAGCCUCCUCUCAGAAUAGGCUUUAUAGAGUGCUCUGAAAACCCCAGCAGGAUGUUAAUGAGAGACAUGGAAAAGAAAGACGAGGCGCAGUGGGGUCCACAGGGACCCCAGGAGGAGCAUCCUCAGAUCCCGCCAGGGGACACAAGAAGGCUAUCCAGGAGGCAGCUGGUGCUUCAUCGAGGGCUGUUGCUCCUGGGAAUGGUUUCCAUCCUGCUGGUAGGGAUCCUGGUCCGAGUCUACGUCAGAGUUCAGUGACGAGAUUGUGGAGAGCCUGGGCAGGUGCACUGUUGCUUCUGAGUUUCCACAACCCUUAGAACCAGGGUGGCAAUUCAUUUUCAGCCACUGUAUUUCACCUGGGCCCCUGGACUUCAAGAGCCAGAAGUUCAAAGACGUGUUUUCUAAUGAAGAAAAGGAACUAAGAUUAAAAGCAAAAGUAAUGUGUUCACUCAAGACCAUGUCUGAAAGAUCACAUCCAGCUAAUCCACAACCCUCUCAACCACAGGACCACUGGGUAUCAGCAAUAUCAAUCUGUGGCUUUGCUGUUUCUUUUGUUGACUGCUUUGUUUUGUUUUUAAAGACACAAAACUGGCA